AUGGAUGAUGACGAAAUACGUGAAAGAAUUAAUGAUAAAGAAAUACAUAGGCUACUAGCACCUAUUGUAUACCUAGUGGUUUUGAUGGUUGUUGGUAUACCUGGAAACCUGACAGUGCUACUGAUAUACCGACAGAAAUAUUCUAAAUCUGUUUACAGGACUAUUAUAUGGAACCUAGCGAUGACAGAUUUUCUUUUCUGCACCCUAACAUUUCCAUUUAAUAUUGGAAGACUUUUCCGAUACUUCACAUUUUAUGAACUAUGGGUAUGUAAAGCUUUCACAACAUUAAUUGUCUUUUUCAUCAUGUAUUCCUCACAUCUGCUAGUGACAUUGGCUUUUCAUAGAUUCCGGCAGGUGUGUAUGCCGCUACGGAGACAAGUUACUACAGAAAACGUGAAAUACUGGAUUAUUGGCAGUUUCUUUCUGGCUGUCUUUCUUGAUAUUCCUGAAUGCGUGUUACAGCCUUUAGAUGAACAGAAGUUAACAGAAGGGAAUGUAACUGUAACCGGGUAUGUUUGUGCAGUGUCUUUUAAAAAUAACAUUUAUGCCGAAGUGUACAAUGGAUUCCUGACAUUUUUGUUUACGUUAUACGCGACUAUCUUAUUCGCUCUGUAUAUAGUUAUUGGACGGAAAAUGUACUUGCAACGUAGAAUGAGACAGGAAACAAUGCAUACACCAUCUCAUGCAGACGAACUUUCCAGUAAAAUUACAAAAAUUGCUGUAACAGUAAGUGCUGUGUUUGCAUUUAGUUAUCUUCCUUUGUUUGUUUUGAAAUUAGUAGCUGGUAAGUUUGAUACACAAAACUUGAGUGCUGGUGCAUUUGCAGCGCUUAAAAUAUUCGAACGUUCGUAUGCAUUUAACCACGUCGCCAACCCUUUCAUAUAUGCAUUUUUUGACAAUCGUUUCCGACAGCAAUUCAAAGCAUUAAUCAUGACGAUUUUCUGUCGAAGAUGCACACAAGCUGAAAGUUAUCAAGAUGAACGAAAUGUGACAAGAAUGAGAGAAACCAGCAGUACAACGGUGUCAUAA